CCUCUCCCAGCCGUCGCCGACGCCCACCAUGAACCACUUGGAGGGGGCCGCGGAGGUGGAGGUGACGGACGAGGCGGCAGGCGGGGAGGUGAACGAGUCGGUGGAGGCCGACCUGGAGCACCCGGAGGUGGAGGAGGAGCAGCAGCAGCACUAUGCGGGCCGCCCCCCGCGCGGGCGCGCCGUCGAGGACCUCCGCGCCCAGCCCGGGCCGCAGCAGCAGCAGCAGCAGGAGGAGGAGGAGCGCGGGGAGUGCCUGGCGCGUUCCGCCAGCACGGAGAGCGGCUUCCACAACCACACGGACACGGCCGAGGGCGACGUGAUCGCCGCAGCGCGCGACGUCUACGACGCCGAGCGCGCGCAGGACCCCGAGGACGAGAGCGCGUACGCAGUGCAGUACCGGCCCGAGGCCGAGGAGUACACGGAGCAGGCGGAGGCCGAGCACGCCGAGGCCACGCACCGCCGCGCGCUGCCCAACCACUUGCACUUCCACUCGCUGGAGCACGAGGAGGCCAUGAACGCUGCCUACUCGGGCUACGUCUACACGCACCGGCUCUUCCACCGCGGCGAGGACGAGCCCUAUGCCGAGCCCUACGCCGACUACGGGGGCCUCCAGGAGCACGUGUACGAGGAAAUCGGGGACGCACCCGAGCUGGACGCGCGCGACGGCCUGCGGCUGUACGAGCAGGAGCGAGACGAGGCGGCCGCCUACCGCCAGGAGGCCCUGGGCGCGCGGCUGCACCACUAUGACGAGCGCUCCGACGGCGAGUCCGACAGCCCCGAGAAGGAGGCCGAGUUCGCGCCCUACCCGCGCAUGGACAGCUACGAGCAGGAAGAGGACAUCGACCAGAUCGUGGCCGAGGUCAAGCAGAGCAUGAGCUCGCAGAGCCUCGACAAGGCGGCUGAGGACAUGCCCGAGGCCGAGCAGGACCUGGAGCGCCCCCCCACACCGGGCGGGGGCCGCCCGGACAGCCCCGGGCUGCAGGCGCCGGCGGGGCAGCAGAGGGUGGCUGGCGGCGAGGCGGUGCAGCGGUACAGCAAGGAGAAGAGGGAUGCCAUUUCGCUGGCCAUCAAGGACAUCAAAGAGGCCAUCGAGGAGGUGAAAACCAGGACCAUACGUUCGCCUUAUACCCCCGACGAGCCCAAAGAGCCCAUCUGGGUCAUGCGCCAGGAUAUUAGUCCCACUAGGGAUUGUGACGACCAGAGGCCGGUGGAUGGAGAUUCCCCGUCUCCUGGCAGUUCCUCACCCCUGGGUGCAGAGUCUUCGAGCACACCCCUUCAUCCCAGUGACCCCACGGAAGCCUCCACAAAUAAAGAGUCAAGAAAAAGCUUGGCUUCAUUCCCAACCUACGUCGAAGUUCCUGGACCUUGUGACCCUGAGGACUUGAUCGAUGGAAUCAUUUUUGCUGCCAAUUACCUUGGCUCCACCCAGCUUCUCUCAGACAAAACCCCCUCCAAAAACGUGCGCAUGAUGCAGGCCCAGGAAGCAGUAAGCAGGAUCAAGAUGGCCCAGAAAUUAGCCAAAAGCAGGAAGAAGGCUCCUGAAGGUGAAUCUCAGCCAAUGACUGAAGUGGAUCUCUUCAUUUCUACCCAGAGAAUCAAAGUAUUGAAUGCCGACACGCAGGAGACGAUGAUGGACCACCCUCUGAGGACCAUUUCCUACAUUGCAGACAUCGGGAACAUCGUUGUGCUGAUGGCCCGCAGGCGGAUGCCCCGCUCCAACUCCCAGGAGAACGUGGAAGCCUCCCACCCAUCCCAGGAUGGAAAAAGGCAGUACAAGAUGAUCUGCCACGUCUUUGAAUCUGAGGACGCUCAGCUGAUUGCACAGUCCAUCGGGCAGGCAUUCAGCGUGGCAUACCAGGAGUUCCUCAGGGCCAACGGGAUUAACCCCGAAGAUCUCAGCCAGAAGGAAUACAGCGACCUGCUCAACACCCAGGACAUGUACAACGACGACCUGAUCCACUUCUCCAAGUCGGAAAACUGCAAAGAUGUCUUCAUAGAGAAGCAGAAAGGGGAAAUCCUAGGUGUGGUGAUUGUGGAGUCUGGCUGGGGAUCCAUCUUGCCUACCGUGAUCAUAGCCAACAUGAUGCACGGAGGCCCAGCGGAGAAAUCGGGGAAGCUGAAUAUUGGGGACCAGAUCAUGUCCAUAAAUGGCACCAGCCUGGUGGGCCUGCCUCUGUCGACCUGCCAGAGCAUUAUUAAGGGCUUGAAGAAUCAGGCCCGGGUCAAGCUGAAUAUCGUGAGGUGUCCCCCAGUGACCACCGUGUUGAUCAGGAGACCAGACCUUCGCUACCAGCUGGGGUUCAGUGUCCAGAAUGGAAUCAUCUGCAGCCUCAUGCGAGGGGGAAUAGCAGAGAGAGGAGGUGUCCGCGUGGGACAUCGCAUCAUUGAAAUCAACGGGCAGAGUGUGGUCGCCACCCCACACGAGAAGAUCGUGCACAUCCUCUCCAAUGCUGUUGGGGAGAUUCACAUGAAGACGAUGCCGGCUGCCAUGUACAGACUGCUGACGGCCCAGGAACAGCCCGUCUACAUCUGAGGCCACGCCCCCCCGGGCAGCAUGCAUGGAGGACUCUCCUCACUUGUGGUUGUGUUUCUCGUGCUACAUCUGUGUGCCCACUGAGAUAUUCCCCUCUCAUACCCAGCACUCAGUUUGACACAGAAGGAAAAGAAUCCACAGAGACCUCCUUCUCUGUUCUCUGUCUCUCUCUAGUUUGCUUUUUUUUUUUAACACCAGGGAAGUUUUGUAUGCAGUCCCUUGAGGCUGGAGAGCAGCCAGUAUCCACCCAGAAUCUGCCCAGGACCAUCCUGAAGGACCCUUGGGGGUCCUGAAGAGGGUUGUCACCGCUCAGGAAGGAUCUUCCCUUCCCAAGAGGUGCAGACCUCUUAGAAGGAACUCCUAGGGGUGGUGAAGAAGCCGAUUCAGCAGUGCCUACGAUCCAACCGCUGAUUUCUGCUCUCCUCCAGUCAAUUUAUGGGAAUAUGGUAGUAACAGAGAGGACCAGCCUGUGUCUUUACGGAUAUGCCUGCCCACCAUGUACGUGGGGCAUCAUACGUUAUUUCUGCCCAGAAUUUCUGAGCCAACCUUAUGCCUCUUCUAUAGUUUUAGUUUCAACAUAAUUGUGUUUUCUAACGCGAACCUUUUCACCCAGCAUAGAAGGGGAACUGCCGUGGACAAGAAUACCU